CUUGACGUUCCUUAAAAAACCCCAGACUUGACUCUUAAACUAUUUAAAUCUUCCUUUCUCUUCCCCUCGCCGUAACACACGACCCUUUUUUAAAUCCCUCACACUUACCCCUUACUAUUUCACGUUACUUACUUUAUACGUCAACCUCACAAUCGUGAUAAUAUCAUCGUAACCAUGUCUCUCAAGAACGACGCUUUCCCCUCCUCCGCUGCUUUCGACGUGAUCAACGCCGCUCUCCAGAGCGACGCUGCUGAGCGCAAGGACGCUGUCGACAAGGCCAAGGCCAUCGUCUCUUUUAACCUUAAGAACGAUAAGGGCCAGGAGGAAAGCUGGUACCUCGACCUCAAGGACAAGGGUGUUGUUGGCAAGGGUGCUGCUCCUCAGGGUGGCAAGGCCGAUGUGACCCUCACCCUCUCCGACUCUGACUUCGCCUCCUUGGUCAGCGGCAAGGCCAACGCCCAGAGACUCUUCAUGGGGGGCAAGCUCAAGAUCAAGGGUAACAUCAUGAAGGCAACCAAGAUGGAGCCUGUUCUGAAGAAGGCCCAGAGCAAGGCCAAGCUAUAGAUACCCCGUUACGUUGUAUACUCUUGCCAAUCAUGUACUUUUUGUUCGUCUUAACGAUUAAAAAUAUUUCCUCCCACUAUAUGC